UCCAGUCCAGUCUGGUGAAGCGACAGUCACAAAACGCUCACAGAACAGGGGAGCAGAGCUACGACUACAACUCUGUGUGGACAGUGUGACACCACCAAGAGGACCGUUUUCUCGUCACACACUUAGACUAGGGUUUGUCCCAUUAAGUCCUGAAGAUUUUAGACCAGUCCAAAGACUAGAGCCCCCUCAGUGGAGUCCAGUUUGACCAGGCUUGGUCUCAUCUCUCUUCAGUCAGCUCCUUCCUCUCAGUCUUCUGUCCGUGGAGGCCGGUCCAGCGUUUCAAGCUGGACGGAGGGGAGACGAGCGGGGCCGAGGGCCCGGCCUUCGUGCUGCGACACAGAACUUCCAACCUCAUUGACCACACCACAAAUGGCACGCCUACAGAUCCCAUGAGUCCUCGGGAGAAGGAUGACACACCCACCUCAGGUUCUUCAACAAGUUACCUCAGCACUUCAGAGUGCCCGUCACACAAUGGGAAAGUCCCAGAGUGUGAAGGGGACAGAAGACAAAGUGACGAGGAUGACAGAGGAGCUGAAGGCGAGGAGGAGAAGGAGGAGGAGAAUGAGAGGAGCGGCGAUGAAGGUUUCAUGGGGAUGAAGCCGCUGCUGCAAGCUCACCACGCCAUGGAGAGGAUGGAGGAGUUUGUACACAAGGUGUGGGAGGGCAGGUGGCGAGUAAUACCUCAUGACGUGCUCCCCGAUUGGCUGAAGGACAACGACUUCCUGCUUCAUGGACACAGGCCGCCCAUGCCUUCUUUUCGCGCCUGCUUUAAGAGCAUCUUCAGAAUCCACACAGAGACGGGGAACAUCUGGACACAUCUGCUAGGCUGCUUGGUUUUCCUCUUUCUGGGCCUGAUGUACAUGUUCAGACCCAACAUGUCCUUCGUUGCGCCGGUCCAGGAAAAGGUGGUGAUCGGGUUGUUUUUCCUGGGAGCCAUCCUCUGCCUCUCCUUCUCCUGGCUUUUCCACACAGUCUACUGCCACUCUGAGGGCGUCUCCAGAGUCUUCUCCAAGUUGGACUACAGUGGGAUCGCCUUCCUGAUCAUGGGUUCCUUCGUCCCCUGGUUGUACUACGCGUUCUACUGCUCGCCUCAGCCCUGCUUCAUUUACUUGAUAGUGGUGUGUACACUGGGACUGGCUGCCAUCACCGUCUCCCAGUGUGACUUCUUUGCCACACCACAAUACAGAGGAGUCCGAGCCGGAGUGUUUGUGGGUCUCGGUCUGAGCGGCGUGGUUCCCACCCUGCAUUUUGUCAUCAGUGAGGGUCCGAUCAGAGCAUCCACCAUGGGUCAGAUGGGCUGGCUGCUCCUCAUGGCGACGCUUUACAUCACAGGGGCCUGUUUGUACGCCGCUCGCAUCCCUGAGAGGUUCUUCCCCGGCAAGUGUGACAUCUGGUUCCACUCCCACCAGCUAUUCCACAUCUUGGUGGUCGCGGGGGCUUUCGUUCAUUUCCACGGCGUUUCCAACCUGCAGGAGUUUCGCUACACGGUGGGAGCCGGCUGCGCCGAGGACGGCGCUCUCUAACCCGUACACACACACACACACUCUCGCAAAGGCAGAGACAAAUAUACACACACACACCCUCGCAAUGGCACACACCCAUACUGACUCACUCAUCCUGUUGCACACAUUUUACAGGGAGGCACUGGUUCUGAUAAUAUGCACAGAAUUUGAGACACACACAAAUAAAAACGCUCUCCCCACAGACUGAAAACCCAAGUGGCUUGUCUGGUGUGUGUCAGUGUGCGUAAUACACCGGAUGGCCUCCCAGUGGAUGCUGUUCAAACUGACUGACGAGGGUUUGGUUCUAUUUCUGACCCACCCCUGUCUGUCUGUCCACUCCCACCUCCUCUGACUCUGUCACUUUGAAUCUUAAACCACUUCAAAGUUUAAAAAAACAGUUUCUGAGACUCUACUCUUUCCAAGAAGUGACCCUAAAUUUCUCCUGUGUUGGGCUCUGACAUUGAAGAGUUGAAUGGUUUGAUUUUAAAGUAUAAUUGUGGCUUUAAGAAAAGAAACGAGGGUGGUUUUUCUGCUGUUUUUCCAGUCUGAGAACAUUCAAUAAUAAAUAAUGAAAAAAGAAUCUUUGGAUUUCUUCAUUGACGGUGAAGGUAGCAGAGGGAGAGGUCACUUUUAAAAGUAAAAAAAAACAAUGUUUUUUUUUUUCCAUGUAAAUAAGAUUUCUAAAUUUUGGGUUAUAGAUUUGUAUGAAAUAUAUUGAAAAAAGAACAAAAACAUAAAAUGAUGGCAAGCAUAAGUAAAUAUGUUAGAAGAUAAAUCAACGAAAGAGGAGGAUGACGAGGUGUAUUAUCUACAAUGGCAUCUCGCAGGAGGUGCAGUGAUACAGUUAGGCUGUGGUCGGAGGGAUGUGCUUCAAACAACUUCAUGUCGUCCAUUUUUAUGCACCCAUGAGAGGUGGAGGUGAGGAGGAAAAAAUAAGGCACAACAUCUGGAUCUUAUCAAACAAACAGCGACCUUAAGACUCACUAGUAUUUAGUCUCUAGUGACUUCCAUUGAGUCACUUUGUUGACCUAAAUACAUCAGCACUGAUCUCAAACCAGAACAUGCUAACAUUUGUGCUUCAAACCAAAAGUCCAGACCUUGUUUCAAAGACACGGGUUUGUUUCUUUCCUUUGACAUACCCUCCAAUAACUUGUUUGAACACAUCAAGAAGAAGCUUAACAGUCAUCUUGUUGCUAAAACUGCAUCAUUGCUGCGGUAAACGAUGCAGUUCACUGUGGUCUUCCUCCUCUCUAACACUUUUUAAGAUUCAACUCCACACAGAACAACAAUACUCUGUCUAAAAACAUGUUUUUCUUUUUUGAUUGGCUUGUAUUGUAUUUUAUCCACUGCUAUUUCUUUCGAUAGUAAUAUUAUAAUAGCAAGCUUUAAUUUCACUUUUUCUUGUCUAUUCGUUCUGGCUAUUCUCUGGUUUCCUUUUUCGAUCAUCAAAAUAGCAAAACAACAAAGAUCUGCUGAAAUUGAACACUCUAUGACUUCUUUGAGAUGAAAACCUUUGAAGUGUUUCAUGGCAAUACCAAAAUCUCAACCCUGCACAAUGGAAACCCUUCUGUUCAUGAACGGAUCAUUUGUAAUGUAGAUGUACAAGUUUCCAUUUGCUGGCAGCUUUUUACCUGAUCAGGAAGUUGAUCUGCUACAGGAGUGCUCAGCAUCUCUUCUUUGCAUUUGGGUUGUCUUUUUUUUUCUUUUCUGUAUUUCAUUUUCUGUUCAUAUUUUAUCUAAUUUAUUUCUCUUGGGGAGUGUGUACCGUCUGUUGAAGCACACGUUUUGUUCUGAUGGGAGUGUUUGAUUGCAAUAGACCUUUAUAUCUGCUGUAUUGUUCUAAUAAAAAAUGUUUUUUGAAUCUGA